AUGCCAAAGAAGAGACAAAGUAAGCGUGUUUCUUUACAUAAGAAAUACAAGGUAGAGAAGAAAGUAAAUGAACAUAAUCGUAAACUUAGAAAAGCUCACAAGUUGGCACCUAUUUUAAAUAAAUCAAAGAAGGAUCCAGGUAUUCCAAAUUUAUAUCCAUUCAAAGAAGAUCUUUUAAAUAGAGUUCAACAACAGAAGGAAGCGAUUGCCGCAGAGAAGGCAGCAAAGAAGGCAGAGAGAAAAACAAUGGCCUCAUUGGCAAAAGAUGCUGCUUCGCGUGAGAAGGAAUUCAAUCGUAAGCAACGUGAUGCCGAGAAAGAUUUAGAGAUGAAAUCAAUUCGUUCAGUAGAACCAAGAGACAACUCACUCAAAUCAUUCUAUCGUGAGGUCAAGAAAGUCAUUGAAGCUGCCGAUGUCAUCCUCGAAGUCUUGGACGCACGUGAUCCAAUGGGUUGUCGUUGUCUCGAAAUCGAAAGAAUGAUCCUUGAGCGUUAUCCAAACAAAAAGAUUGUUUUAAUUUUAAAUAAGAUCGAUUUGGUACCAAAAGAAAAUGUAGUAAUGUGGUUGAAAUAUUUGCGAAACUACUUCCCAACUUUGGCAUUUAAAUGUUCGACUCAACAACAAAAGAGAAAUUUAGGACAUAGUUCGGUUGCACCAGAGGUCGCUUCUACUAAAUUGUUGGACGGUUCCGAGUGUUUGGGUGGUGAAUCUUUGUUGCAAUUGCUCAAGAACUACAGUAGAUCGUUGAAUAUAAAGACAAGUGUUGCUGUUGGUAUCAUUGGUUAUCCCAAUGUCGGAAAGAGUAGUUUAAUCAAUUCAUUGAAACGUGCACGUGCUGUCAGUGUCGCUCCAACUCCAGGACACACCAAGGUCGCACAGGAAGUACAUCUCGACAAGAACGUCAAGCUGCUAGAUUCACCGGGUAUCGUUCCAAUUAAGGGUGAGAUCGACGCCAACGUCAUUCUUAGAAACGUAGUCAAGGUAGAAAAGAUCGAAGACCCAAUCUCGCCGGUCGAUGCCAUCGUACAACGUUGCAGCCGUGAGCAACUCCUUAGAAUCUACCAGAUUCCAGUGUUUAAGAAUACUACAGAGUUUUUGACUUUGAUAGCCGACAAGCGUAAGAAGCUCAUUCGUGGUGGUACCCCAGAUUUGAAUGCUGCCGCACUCAGUGUUAUUCGUGAUUGGGUCGGUGGUAACAUUCCAUUCCACACACUCCCACCAAAGGAUACUUUCCAUGUCGACUCUAAGAUUGUCAACAACUUCUCAGACGAAUUCAACAUUGAUCAAUCAGACGAAAUCUCUUCGCUUGCCACCAACAACACAGUUGGAAGUGUUUCUAUUGAAUCAACUGCUCAACAAAGUUAUAUCGAUACUUCAAUGUUUGAUGAUGAGGAAGAAGAAGAAGAAGAGGAAGAUGAUGAUGAAAUGGAAGAAGAGGAAGAUGAUGAUAUGGAAGAAGAAGAGGAGGAUGACGAAGAUGAUGAUGACGAAGAGGAUAAUGUUAUGGAAGAAGAUACUACCGCUCAAUUGGUAGCACUCCAAAAACAAUCACAAAUGAUCCAACAAAACAAGGGCAAACCAUCAAAGGUCAAAGUACAAAACCUCAAGGACGAAGACGAUCAAUACAAUCCACAGUCCAACAAGAGUCUAAAGAAACAAAUGAAGAAGAACAAAAAGAAGUUUGGUACCAUCACAGCUCCAUCGGAAGACUACUCAUUCGAAUCCGAUUUUUAUGAUAAUCUUGAAGAAGACGACAUUGUACAAGAUGACGAUGAAGAUGAACAAGAUUAUGAUGACAGCGAUGAUAUCGACGAAGAAAAUGUUUUCUAA